AUGCAUCUCGCCGCCGCCGUCCUCUGCGUCGCACUAGUGCUCCCUCUCGCGGCGGCCGCGGUGGGCAAGGCGACCGCGCCCGCGGCCCCGCCGGCGCCGCCGAACGUGACGGCGGCCAUGGCGAAGGGCGGCUGCAAGGCGUUCGCGGCCCUGAUCGCGGCCACCCCGGACGCGGCGUCCACGUACGCGUCGGCCGCGGGCGGCGGCAUGACGGUGUUCUGCCCGUCCGACGACGCCGUCGCGGCGUUCGCGCCCAGGUACAAGAACCUGACCGCCGACGGCAAGGCGUCGCUGCUGCUGUUCCACGCCGUGCCGGUGUACUACUCCCCGGGGAGCCUCAAGUCCAACAACGGCGUGAUGAACACGCUGGCCACCGACGGCGCCGCCAAGAACUACAACUUCACGCUGCAGAACGAGGGCAACGUGGUGACCAUCAAGACGGGCGCGUCGGGCGCCGUCGCGCGGGUCAAGGCCACGGUCCUGGACGCCGACCCCGUCGCCGUGUACGCCGUCGACAGGGUGGUCCAGCCGGUCGAGCUGUUCAAGCCGGCGCCGUCCCCGACGCCGGCCCCCGCGCCUGCCCCGGCCGCCGACGCGCCCAAGGCCGGCAAGGGCGCCCACGCGCGCCACCGGGCCACGCCCGUCGUCGCGGACGCGCCGGGGCCUGACGGCGACGACGCUCCCCCGGCGGACCAGAAGAAGGGCUCCGAGAAGAGCUCUGCCGCCGACGUGGUACGCUCCCGGUGGUUCGCCGCCGCGCUGGCGGUAGUCGCUGUGGCCUCGACGCUUGCUUAG